AUGGGCCACUCUGGGGCCCUGGCCGCACCAGGUCAGGAGACCGUGAGCUUUCAGCCCCACCCCAAGACCCUCACCAUGGCUGGGGAUUACGAGUACUUUGCCGCGCAGGGCAAGCACCCCUUUGUGUAUGCCUUGGCAGAGUUCGUGGACAACUCCCUGAGGGCCACGUCCAGAGCCUCGGAGCCGAGGAACAUCACCAUCUCCUUUGUGCUGAACAGCUCCUCUCUGAGCAGCGCCAAGGGUCUGGUGUGCAUCCAGGACACAGGCUGCGGCAUGACCAAGCGCGAUCUCAAUGACUGGGCUGUGAUGAACUACUCGAUGGAGGAGCGGGGCCAGCUGAGCCAGCCUUCCAUCAGCGCAUCCCCAACCAAGUAUCUGAACAGCAACAUCUCCUACUUUGGAGUGGGCUCGAAGAACGCAGCGUUCUUCAUCGGCUCCAGUGUCAAGAUGGUCACGCGGCGCGUGGGCGAGCCCUACGUCCACGAGCUCCAGCUCAGCGCGGGGGAGCUGGAGCAGCGCUACCGACUGGGCCAGGCCGUGUACGAGACGGUGAUGAUCCACCGCAGGCCUGGCGAUGCCCUGACCCAGGCGCCAUGGGAACAGGCCUUCCCCAUCACCCAGCAGUGGGUGGGUGAGGAGGCGACAGGCUCCGAGGCCAGCGGCUUCACGCGCGUCCUGCUGGGCGGCCUGAAGCCGGAGGUCCUGCACCAGAUGCUGGAGGAGGGCGCCGACUCGCGCAUAUGCAGGGAGCUGGCACACCUCUACCACUUCUACAUACAUGGAGAGGGCGGCAACCGGGGACCAGGUUCCUCUGGCCGACCCUCCCCCGCCCCAGCCUGUCCCACCAUCAGUAUCCAGUGUAUAAUAGGGGACCGCAUCCUCUGGCAUCGGAGUCUUCACGAGGUUGACGACGAUCUGGAGAGUAGGAUGCUGCGCGGUCAGCAGGCAGAGCUGGGUUUCAGUCUCCACGUCCCAGAUAGGGGCAUUGUCUGGGGCGUGCUGUACUACUUCCCCUUCCAGGAUGGGGCAGAGACCGUCCCGCUGGAGGGCCCCUCCGCUGGCCCCCGCCCGGAUGCUGGGCCAGGCAUGACGCAGCAGUACGGCGUCAAUCCCUCGCAGGCUCCCACCCAGUCCCUGGCGCCCAUGGCUGCGGCGGGUUCCUUGGCGUUGCAGGCUGACCUGGAAGUGGGGGCGUCUGACGAUGACACCGACGGUGAACUGGAGGGGGGGAGGGGCCCCUGGAUGGCGCCCCCCAUCUUUGAGGUCUUCUGGCAGGGCCGGCUGAUCCCGGGGGCGAAAGUGGACACGCUGCCCUUUCUCGAGGCGCUGCGCACGAAACGCAACGCAGCCGCCAAGGACGUCCUGCCCGACCAGGCCUUCCUCCGGCUACGCGGCUCCCUCUUCCUGGGCCCCGCCUUCCAGGUCACCCGCAACAAGCUCCUCCUGCGCGACGACCUGCGCGCCCUGCUGCUCCGGGCCGUGCCCGGGGACCGUUCCCUGGGCCGGCGGGCGCGCGAGUGGCUGGCCGCCUGCCACGCGCGCCUGGACAAGGUGCUGCGCUUCCUGGACCCCGCAGACACCAGGCUGCAGGCCCACAUGCGCGAGGAGCUGGGCGAGGCCUGCACCGCCUUCCUCCGCGUGGACGACGGCGGUGGGCGCAGCCUCCGCGCCGGCGACGUCGUGCGCCUGGACACCCGCCCCGCCCACCUCGGCCGGCUGGCCUGCUUCACCGUGCCCGCCCCCGGCGCCGCGCCCGGCUGCCACGCGGGAGGGAGGGCCCACGUGGAGCUGCUGCCGGCGGACGUCUUUGGCGCGGGCUGCCUGCGCGGAUUUCCUUUGAGACGUCUGCGCUGGGAGACGGUGCCGGAGGGGGAGCAGGUGGAGCACGCGCAGCGAGAGCUGGGCAAGGUCCCUGCCUGCCUGAGGCUGGAACCGCUGAAACUGGCGGCGAGAGGGGGCCUGCGCUGCGUGGCGGGGGACACACUGCCCGACACCCAGGUCCUGGUGGUGUCAGGGUCCGGCCAGCGACUCACGCGCGUGCUCCUGGGCGGCAGCCGCCAGACGCUGAAGGCGGGCGGCAUGCGCUGGCGGCGCCGGCGUGGGGCCGGGCCUCUUCAAGAGGCCGACGAGAAUCGGCCGCCGGUCGUCAACGAGGCGGAGGUCGCCGAGGUCGUCGCCGUGCCCGCCACCCAGGACCGGGAGCUGGUGCUGCAGGUUGAAAACCACAGCCCCGUGAAGGACGCCUACUACUUCUCGCGCCUGGCCAACGGGCUGACCUUGGCGGGGCAGUACGUGCUGGAGUACACCGUCUCGCCCUGCGCCCCGGGGGGCCCACAGGGACCCCCCGUCCUGCAGAUCCAUGUGGCUGUCAGCCCAGGGGCCCCCACGCAGCUGUGUCUGGGGGGCGAGGGAGUGGCUGCUGCGGCCCUGCGUCCCCUCACCUUUGGAGAGGCGCUGCCACCCAUCACCGUCCUGCUGGCCGACCAGCACGGCAACACGCUGGCACCUGGCCCCGGGGACGAUCACGCCCUGCCCCAGCCGGCGCUGCGACUCCUGGCGGGGGACGGGGAGGCAGAGCUGCCGGUGGAGCUGGAGUCGAGCUGCAGCAGGGACCAGGCCCCCCUGCGCAUCGUCGACCUGGUGGCCGUGCCACGGCAGUCGGGCCUGCUGGAGGCCCAGGCGCCCGGCAGCCCCGACGCGCCCGUGCAGGGCGGCCAGGGCGCCGGCGCCUUGCUGCGCACGCUGGAUGGCGUGCUGGAGGUCUGUGUGGCGAGUGGAGGAGCGCCGGGCCUGACCGCCAGGCUCCCCCUGCGCCUGCGCAGCGGCCCUCCCAUCACCCUGAGCCUGCUGCCGCCCCACCCUUGGGAGGGGCUGGGCGAGGGCGCGGGGCUGGAGGUGACCGCGGGGGCGACCCUGCCCGGCUUUGAGGUCCAGGCCUGGGACGCCUGGGGCAACCGGUCGCCCGCGCUGCCCGGCCUGGAAGCCGCGGUGAGGCUGGCGGGGCCCUGCUGCAGCGAUGCGCCGGCGGCGGCAGCCGUCUUCCCACUGGAUGACGACGGCGCGGCGACCAUCGCAGACGUGGCGCUGACCUGUGCGCCGGGCACGGCCGGCCAGGCUCAGGAGCUGGAGCUGCGGCUGGAGGCCUCGGCCGCCACCCCCACCCUAGAGGCCGCCCUGGUACGCUGCCGGGCGGGUCACGAUGCCGAGGCGCCGGCCCUGGGCUGCCCCGUGGUCGUGCACCACAGCCUCGCCCCGGCCUCGCUGGCUCUGGAGCUCCAUGGCGAAGCAUUACAGCGGCGGCCCGAUCCGCGCGGCACCGGCCCCGACCUCCUGCUGCUGCCGGGCCUGCCCGCCGGCUCCUCCCUCCCCGGCCUGCGCCUGGCGCUGCUGGACGGCGGCGGCGGGCGGGUGGAGCGGUCGGUGGCGGGACGUGUAACCGUGUCCUGGCACCGCGGCAGCAAGCGCCUGGCCUGGAAAGGGGAGGCGGUGCGCCUGCCCACUCUGCCUGUGCCGGAGACUGCCACAGCUCUGGGCGAAGCGAGUGUCCUCGACGCGGCUGGCGAUCUGAACGCCGCCGGCGCCCAGGACGCGACGACGGCUUCGACGGAGUGGGUGCGCUUUGCGUCCGACGACGGCACGCUGCUCCUGGAGGUGGGGUUGUUCCUGGGGGUGGUGCCGGGGCCGCCCAAGGCCUGGGCCCUGAGCCUGGUGGAGGGCGAGGCGGGCGAGGCGUCCCAGGAGGGUGGAGAGGGCGUCGGCGCGGUGCGCUGUGGCCAGCCUUUCGCCCUGGAGAUCGAGGCUCUGGACGCCCACAACAACCGGUGUGCGAGGGGGGAGGGCGCGCCGCUGCCCACCCCCGUGCUGGAGCCGGAGGCUGAGGGGCACCUGGGCUUUGACCCCGCGUCCUGGGAGUGUGGCUGGAUGACUGCCACCCAGGGAGUGGCUCCGGUGUACUCGGUCAAGAUGUCGCUGCUGGGCGCACCGGGGACGGUGCGCCUGACCGUUCGGUCCGGCGAGGAGGGUGCCGGCGCCGACAUGGCGCCUGAUUCCCUCACCCUCCAGCUCGCAGCAGGCCCACCAGCUCGACUGGUAUUCUCUACGCCAGGCCCCCUCCACUGCGGCCUGGCCGCUGUCUUGCCCAGUCUGCGCGUCUCGGUGGCCGACCGCGCCGGUAACCCCGCGGUCUGGACCUCAGGCGCCACCCUGGACGUGUCCCUAGCCGGCAGCGCGCUGGCCUCCGACGGCGGCGGCCGCGCGGCCUCGGUCUCGGCGCGGGGCGGGAACAAGGCCCGCGCAAAGGCCGGCGCGGCCGCCUUUGCCGAGGUGGCGCUGCGCGCCGACGUGCCGGGGAGCUACACGCUGCGCGCGGUUUCCUCCUCGCGCCGCGUGGCGCUGGAGGACGCCACGCUGGAGCUGGUCAUGCGCCCGAGGAACCUGGUUGCCAGCCUGGAGGUCGCGGCUGUCGUUGCCGUCGCGGUGCGGGUGACCACCGAGGACGGCGAGCCGCUGCCCGCCGCCGCCGCCGCUGCGGGGCUGUGCCUGCGCGCGGAUCCUGGACUCAUGGCCUUCCUGCUGGAGGGCCUGGUGGCCGCGGGAGAGUGGACGCUGGCGGCCGAGUACGUCGAGACGCGGCCUGAGUUGCUUGACGGCCUGUCGCGGGAGGCCAGCGAGCUGCGCAGCCCCUCCUGCUGCCUCCUGGUUGACCCCGGGGCCCUUGCCGGCCUGGACGUGGAGGCCGCCAGCCUGCCAGACCUGCUCACCGCCACCAACGGGACCUCCACCCGACAGCGGAUGCUGCUACGCAGCGCUGCAGUCCAGCUGCUGGACGAGGCGGGGAAUUCAGUGCCGACCGCCGGCGUCCCUGUGCGCUUUGCACUGCGCUGGGGUGCCGACGGGAGGGGCGGUGACGCGGGGGAACCACCGGAGGGCGCGGCCCUGCCCAGCCUCACCUCGUCGCUGGGGGCCCUGGGAGCCUGCGAGACCGAGACCGACGCGGCUGGGCGAGCGGCGCUGGGUGACCUGAGCAUCGAGGAGGGGUCAGGGUCUGGCGGCGGGGGCGCCGCCGCUCUCGCCCUGGAGCUGGUGGCGCAGGCCCAGGGCCUAGAGCUGCCCCCGGGGUCGGAUGGGGACCCACCCUCCGACCAGUGGGUGACGGCCUGGUCCAUCCCCCUCCUCUUCACCGACCACGCUGCCAAGGCCAGUGCGCUCGCCGAGCUGAAUGCCAGGCGGGAGGCAGUGCUGGAGAGGCAGGACGCCCACCGCCGCAAGCUGGAUGCUGCACGAGAGGCCGCCAGAGCCCGCCAGGGCCUGCUGGAGGAGGCAGAGGCGGUGCUGGCGCAGCGGCAGGAGACGCUGCAGGGCCUGGCCCUGGACAGCCUGGCGGCCGGGGAGGCGGCCCUGGAGGCUGCUCGACAGGCGCAUGCCGAGAACCAAGCUGCAGUGUUGUCGGGGUCGCAGCCCAGACAGGCUCGCUUCGGCCCUGCCAAGCAACCCAUGGCGGCGUCCAUUCGGCGCCUGCUUGCCUCAGGCGACCCCGGCCUGGUGGGCGUGGUGGCCGAGGCUGCCACCAUCGAGCACGCGCCCCUGGCGCGCAUCGCCUCCGCCCAGUUUCGCUCGCUGCUGGACGUGGUGGUGGUCACCGACAUGGCGGCCCGCGCGCGGCUGGUCGCCGCGCUGGCGGACACGCCCGCCGUGCCAGACAUGCUGGCCCAGUCGCACACCGCGCAGUACAGGCACGUGGGUGAAGACCUGCUCAUUCUGUUGUUGCCAUUGACCGAGUGGGGGAGGGUGAUGUGGAGCGUGGUGCAGAUGGGUGCCCAGGCAGCCGAGGCCUGGUGGGGUCCCACCCAGGGUGAUAUUCCCGGCUUCCACGCGGCAGGCGAGCUGGCGCGGGCGCUGGUCGCCUCGGCGUCGGCUGGCACAGACCCCCCCCUGCCCGUGCCGCUGCCGCACACCAAGGCCGCAGCGCGGGGCGCCCCCGCCGAGGCCGGCAUCAUCCCCGUCUGGCCUCCCGGCUGCCUGGGCUACCUGUUCAACCUGGUGCGCCCCUGCACGCCGGGCACGCGCGCCGCUCUCCUGCAUGGCCUCUUCGGCCCGGCGCUGGUGUUCGAGAGCCUUGAGAGCGCGGCGGCGUACCGCGAGCUCGUGGUCCGGCGCCUGCGGGGCGGGGUGUCGGACAUCGUGACUCUGGACUGCCGCCGCAUCACGGGGCGGGGGAUCGUGUCGGGGUCGGGGUUCAACGUGCCCCCCCUGGAGCGGGCGGAGUGGAGGUUUGGCAGCCUGGGCGGCGGACAGGAGGCGCAGGCGGCGGUCGCCGUGGCCGCCGGCCGAGUGGCGGCGCUGGAGCGGUGGCUGACCGCCAGGCAGGAGCUCCAGCGCGCCCGGGACGCGUUUGAGGAGGGUCGGGGCGCGCUGCGUGCCGCCGAGGACGAGUACGCAGCUGCCCAAGAGCCCCUGGCGGCCGAGCUCGACCAGCUGGGGACGCAGCUGGGGACGGUAGAGAUCGCCACGCAGCCCAGGGGGACCCGGCGUGAUGCCGGGGAGCGCGUCGAGGAGACCGCCGCCGCGGCACGCCCACGCAAGCGGCGGCGCUGA